GGCCGAGGACCCCGCCCCUCCCGGUGGCUGCGGUAGCCGCUGCGCGCUGAGGCGCCUGCUCAGUGUGGGACGCGGAGCGCGAGGGGCGGCGGCGGCCGCUGGCGCUCAAGCAUGGCGGCGGCGGCGUUGGGCAGCUCCUCAGGCUCGGCGUCCCCGGCCGUGGCCGAGCUGUGCCAGAACACCCCGGAGACCUUUCUGGAGGCCUCCAAGCUGCUGCUCACCUAUGCUGACAACAUCCUCAGAAACCCUAAUGAUGAAAAAUAUAGAUCUAUCCGGAUUGGAAACACAGCCUUUUCUACUAGACUCUUGCCUGUCAGAGGAGCUGUUGAAUGUUUAUUUGAAAUGGGCUUUGAAGAGGGAGAAACACAUCUCAUCUUUCCUAAAAAAGCUUCAGUGGAGCAGCUGCAAAAAAUUCGUGACCUGAUUGCCAUAGAGAGAAGUAGCAGAUUGGAUGGCUCAAAUAAGAGCCACAAAAUAGAGUCAUCUCAGCAACCUGCAGCCAGUACCCAGCUUCCUACAACACCAUCUUCAAAUCCCAGUGGGUUAAACCAGCACACAAGGAACCGUCAAGGGCAGUCAUCAGAUCCACCAUCUGCUUCAACGGUUACUGCUGAUUCAGCCAUUCUAGAAGUUCUUCAGUCCAACAUUCAGCAUGUGCUGGUCUAUGAAAAUCCUGCUCUUCAGGAGAAAGCGUUGGCUUGUAUUCCAGUCCAAGAACUAAACAGGAAAUCACAAGAAAAGUUAUCAAGAGCUAGAAGAUUGGAUAAAGGUACUAAUAUAAGUGAUGAGGAUUUUCUUUUGCUGGAGCUUUUGCACUGGUUUAAGGAAGAAUUUUUUCACUGGGUGAAUAACAUUUUGUGCAGCAAAUGUGGUGGACAGACUAGGUCUAGAGAUAGAUCUUUACUGCCCAAUGAUGAUGAGCUGAAGUGGGGUGCAAAGAAAGUGGAAGAUCAUUACUGUGAUGCCUGCCAGUUCAGCAAUCGAUUCCCAAGAUAUAAUAACCCUGAGAAACUUUUGGAAACAAGAUGUGGACGGUGUGGCGAGUGGGCCAAUUGUUUUACACUGUGCUGCCGAGCUUUAGGGUUUGAAGCUCGCUAUGUUUGGGAUUACACAGAUCAUGUCUGGACAGAAGUCUAUUCUCCUUCUCAGCAGCGGUGGCUGCACUGUGAUGCAUGUGAAGAUGUCUGUGACAAGCCACUCCUCUAUGAAAUAGGAUGGGGCAAGAAGCUUUCCUAUGUCAUAGCAUUUUCAAAAGAUGAGGUAGUUGAUGUCACUUGGCGAUAUUCCUGUAAACAUGAAGAGGUGAUUGCCAGAAGAACUAAGGUUAAAGAAGCAUUACUUCGAGAAACUAUUAAUGGGCUUAAUAAGCAGAGGCAACUGUUUUUGUCAGAAAACAGAAGGAAAGAACUUCUCCAGAGGAUAAUUGUGGAGCUUGUUGAAUUUAUAUCUCCCAAAACCCCUAGACCUGGAGAACUUGGGGGAAGAAUAUCUGGGUCAGUGGCUUGGAGAGUAGCCCGAGGUGAAAUGGGUCUACAGAGAAAAGAAACCUCGUUUAUUCCCUGUGAAAAUGAGAAGAUUUCUAAACAGCUCCACCUUUGUUAUGAUAUUGUGAAAGAUCGUUAUGUUCGAGUUUCAAAUAACAAUCAAACCAUUUCUGGAUGGGAGAAUGGUGUGUGGAAAAUGGAAUCUAUAUUCAGAAAAGUUGAAACAGACUGGCACAUGAUAACAAUCUUCACUCCUAUGCUGAUUUUUCUGGUGCCACUGAAGUUAUUUUGGAAGCAGAAUUAAGCAGAGGAGAUGGUGAUGUCGCUUGGCAACACACUCAGCUGUUUAGACAAAGCUUAAAUGACCAUGAAGAAAGUUGUUUGGAGAUAAUUAUAAAAUUCAGUGACCUUUGAGAACCUGAACAUUAUAGAAAAGCUGGCAAUAAUCAAGGACUUACUAGUCUGUUGGUUCAGUGCAUGCUUAGUUGGCAGUUACCACCCCGUGCUAGCAUAUUUCUUUUGCUAGCUAUCCAUCAUGUAACCCUCAUGAAAAUAUCUUUGUACGUGGACUAUAAUAAAAUAUUGAAUAAAAAACUUUCUUCCAUAUGUGACUAUAAUUUGGAGUAAAGUCUUGUUGACCCAAUAUGGGAUUUUAAUCUAAAAACUGUAAGUAUAGUUUUAAAAGUUAAAUAAUGAUAAUCAUGAUUAAAUGCGAUUCAUGAUUAUGGUAAAAUCUUGAGCUUAUGAUAGUAAUUUGACAUUUUCUGAUCAGCCAUUCAUUUCUUCAGAAGUGGUUGAAUUAGAGUCUCCUAAUAUUUUUAAUUUUUAAUUAAUGUGAAAGUACAGUAUCAAGUUACAUAAUGCAUGAAAAUUUAUAUGAUUAUAAAUAUGCAGGCAUUUAAGAAAAUGAAUUAUUUUGCCUUA